CUGGAGGGAUUCAGAAACUUGAAGUACAUCACUAAGUGUGGAAAUGUCCCUUUCUUUGCGGUUUGUGCUGAUCCUUGCUGCCUGUGAAUUGGGUGUCAGUCAGACUGUUGAUUCCCUUCUGGUCCAAACUCCACUAGGUUUGAUCAAAGGAGUUCGAACAUCCCACUCUCAGAGUUUUUGGGGAAUUCCCUAUGCAGAUGCUCCCACUGGUUGGCGUCGUUGGAAGCCACCUCAAGAUCUGUCUCCCUGGCAUGGAAUAUAUGAUGGAACAUUUCCUCGGCCAGGGUGCCCACAGCUCUGUAAGCAGUUGGUAUUUGCAUGUCCUAAACAGAUAAGUGAAGACUGCCUCUACUUGAAUGUUUUUGUUCCAUUGACUGCAAGUCUCACUCCUGCACCCAAAUACUCUUCUCUGCCUGUCAUGGUGUGGAUUCAUGGGGGUAACUUCCGUGAUGGUACUGGCUCAGCACUACUAUAUGAUGGAUGCUUCCUUGCAAACUCCACAAAUACUGUUGUAGUGACCAUCAACUAUCGCCUGGGGGCACUUGGUUUUCUUGUGACUGGUAUGAACUCAAGUAAGGAUAUUUCUGGAAACCUUGGCUUCCUGGACCAACAGAAGGCACUGACCUGGGUGCAAAUGAACAUUGCUAGCUUUGGUGGAGAUCCCAGAAAGGUCACUCUCUUUGGCCAGAGUGCUGGAGCACAGUCUGUGGGUCUUCAUCUGACUGUUAGAAGCAGUGAAAGCCUCUUCAAGCAAGCAAUCAUACACAGUCUGCCCUUCUCUCUGCCACUUAAAACCAAGAAGCAAGCUACUGUCAUUGGGAUACGAUUUCUAAAAAUUGCCGGAUGCCUGUUUGAGGAUAUGAAGUGCAUGUCGUCGCUGACAACUGAAAAGAUUCUUGAUGCCCAGAUAAAAGCAGAUAAAGAAAUCCACACUCCAUUAAGUAUGCUAGAAACCUUUCAGCCAUGGGGACCAGUUAUCGAUGGAGAAGUUAUCGAAGAGCAGACAUUUAAUGCCUUUGCAAAGGGCAUGUGGCAGAAGCACAAACCUGUCAUGGCUGGCAUUACAUCUGAAGAAGCUAACCUGUUUGUAUAUGAACUGCUGUCAGAGCCACUUUCUAGAGGAUUGUAUGUUGCUUACCUUUUAGCUGCUUUCAACAUUCACACUCCAUUGGUUCUACUUCGUUACCCACCUCAGAAAGGUCAGGACCAGCGCCUUCUCCUUUCACAGGUAGUCUCAGACUAUGCACUUACUUGCCCAAAUCGUCGAGCCAUGAGGGACAUGGCUGAAUCUGGAGCCUCUUCCUGGCUUUACAUUUUUAGCCAAGUGGCAUCUAUAGCAAGUGCCUGGGGAAAUAAGACCUACUGCUACCAACAUGCCUGCCAUGGCUCAGACAUGCCUUUCCUUUGGAAUACUUGCAGCCUGAUAAAUCUUACUUUCACUUCUGAGGAGAGGACACUAGCAGACAGCAUGGCCUGUUUCUGGGGUAAUUUUGCACAUUAUGGCCAGCCCAAUCCACAAUCCAGCAAUAUUGUAAUUAAACGUCCUGCAUCAUCAAGGGGAGAUCUAUCCCAUUCUACAAAUUACAGCAACAAACUACCUGUUUGCUCAAAGCUAAACCAAUCAGUCUAUUGGCCACAAUACUCAUUGCAAAAUGCAUGGCUUUUUAUGAACCUCACAGUCAACUUAAAUGUAACAAAGGAAUUCCGUAAGAAAUUUUGCACCUUCUGGGAUGCUUUUGUGCCAUACUGAAUCCCAAAUGUUAGAGCAUUUGUAAAAGUUUCAUCUUUUUCAUAGCAAAUAAGAUUUAGAUAUAUACAUGGUAGCAUAGUCUUCUUUAAAUUUCUUUUUACUGUUAUUACAUGCCAUUAUCAAUUCAGAAAGUGUUUAGACCCAUUUACUUUUCCACAUUUUGCUCUGUUACAGCCUUGUGAUAAAAAUGAUUUAAUUAUUUUAAUUUCAAAUGUACCUGAUAAUUUUUACAAAUUUCAUAUUAAAAAAAAAAUGUGCAUCCCACUGUAAGACUACAUGCCUACCAAUGCACUGGUGUCCUGCCCAGGGUUCUCUGCUUCUUGCAAUCAAUGCUGCAGAUUCUUCAGUACCCUGGAAGGAUUAAGACUAGUACUGGUGGAAGAGUAGUCUACACCGGCAUACUGUAGCUGACUUCAAAAUGGAUUAAUUAAAUUUGUGGCACUACCAAAGUGUACUUGUGCUUUUUAUUGUUUUCAGCAUCACCUGUUCCAAGAAGGCGACACCUGUACAAUCAGAUCAUAUUUGCAGUUAUGCCACUGCACAGGCAUCAUUUUUCAUGAUCAUGCAGAAGGAAGGCGUUAAACCACAGUUUUCCAUGUAAAUUGCCAGUGUGGAUACAAUAAUGCACUGUGCUUGCCAAAAUGCAGUAGGUGUAGUCUUUUUUCAUUGUGAGUAAUAAAAUGGCAGAUAAUGGCGUACCAUUCCUGGCCUGUGAAAUAGUAGAGACUGUGUAUUGUAAUCCCAUGCAACAAUUUGAAGUACUGUACAUGAUAAUAAAGGAUGUCAGGUUAAAAGCACUUAUAGGAUCAACAACAUUUGCAUAUAUA